AGUCUUCUAAGACUGGUCUUUGUUCGUCGAUUUUGAUUAAAGAGGAAAAUCGCCUUCUGGGUUUUGGCUGGAUUUCGAGAUCUGAGCACCUGAAUGGCAAUACUCCUUAUGGUUUUGCAUUUGGCCACCAUUGUGAAACCUUGGGGAGUGUUGCUUUUCUUUUGGUGCUCAUUGCUUGGUCCAUUUCUGCGCUUUGAGUGGAUCCUAAUGUCUACUAGCUUCAGGUAGUUCUCCAUUUCCCAGAUUGUUCUCCUGUAAUUUAUUUCGUAUGGACUUGGCUUGUGGAUUUGAUAGUGUCGGCAAGAACAAGUUAUUAAAUUUAAUGGUUUGUUUGACACAAAGGCUAUGAAAUUUAUGGGUUUGUUUGACACAAAUUUCUCCAACAUGGGGAGAGGAACUGUUCAUUUUGUGAGAGACUAAGAGGUUGAUAGGGAAGUCGGAUCAGGAAUUAAUAAUAUUAUGAACCAGCAAUGAUGUUAGUCGACAAAUCAAGAGAGAUAAAAGGUAGAAACUUCUGAAUCCAUUUUCCCAGGUUAGCCAACAACUGAUUUUGGUCUGAAGUUAACAAAAAGUAAAGCUAUUGUUGUGUUCUUCACACUUUUCUAAUGCACUUCCUCGCCAUCCCUUGCCAGGGCAGAGGAACACCUGGAGAUAAUGGGGUAAAUAGCAAUGAAAGAGGAAAAAAGCAAUGGGUUAUGGCCCAAUGGAAAAUUCAAAUUAGGAGGAUGAGGGUAGUGGACCUGGAAGAUGAUAAUGGUUGCUUUAGAUGCAUGAUGUAGGUGUUCUGGGUUUUUAUCUUGCUUUUAUGAUUGUUUAUUUUGUACGUUUUUUUCUAACUUUUAUUAUCAAGUUGUGCUACUCUGAUUUUUUAGUUUCAUUCUUUUAUGAGUUUGGCCUUGCUUCUCUAUUUAUUGUUUGACAUAAAAUGCAUUUUAGGGAUGUGUUUUCAUUUGUAGUUGUCUUCAUUGCUGGUCUAGAGAUUGAACCAUUAACUACUUUCUCUCAUCCAAAGAUUUUUCCAAUUGUAGGUCCUACUGAUUUCAUUUGGAGCUAUCUGUGUUGCUGUUAUCUGAGAUUGUUCAUUUUCAUGCUUUUGAUUAAUCAUUUUCUGGGAUUUGAUCUUGAGUUCAUGAUUGUUUUGAAUUUUAUUUUUGGAGGGUGACAUUAUAAAUAUUGAUUAUGUUGUACAAAUUGUUUUGGGGCUAGAAUUUCAGUAAGAACAUAGAUAGGAAACUCUAAUAGACAUGCAGGAGGUUGGUUUGGCUUCUCUGGAAUGAUAGAUGUGCAUUUUCUAUAUGUGCAAUGCGUGUAAGAGUGGUUUGUGUUCAUAAAACUAUAAUUUUUUUGCAAUUUGUGGCUGUGUUCUGUGUUCGGUUUGUUUGGAUGACCUGCCAGAAAACUUGAAUUCUGACGUCAAAUAUGUUAUCAGGAGAAUAGAGCAACAAGCUGAUUUGGGCUGAACAAUGUCUUUUUUGAAGUGGUUUUGGUUGUGAUCUUCACUACUUUAGGACUGAUUCACUGUUUUAUCAUCUCUUUGGUGUGACAAGUUGUUGAACUUUCUAUAGUUUUUUAUGAUGUAUUUACGUUGCAAUCUGAAUUUGCAUGGCAAAUCAAUGCAACUACUAGGUUGUUUAAUUUGAAAAUUGAAAUAUGCUUCUCUGUUGCUGCUGGGCAAUUUCUCCCUUUCUUUCCUUUUGGUCUUUGCUUUCUUAAUUUUAAGGUUCCUUUGUAUAGCUGUACCGAUCGUUUGUUAUAAUUGUUUCUUUUCUUUCAUUUGAUAAUUUUCGAUGUUUAGGACAAGUAGAAUGAUUUGCCCACCCCUUAGGACAACUUUUGAACUUGGAAGUAAGAAGAAAAUAUCAUACAUUGAUGGCCCAAAUGCAUUAAAAUGGUGUGCCUUCAGGUUGUAGCUUCAAAGAGGGAAACAAGAUAAAAUUUUAAUUAAAAUAAGUUCCAUGUUUAGGACAUUUCAAAAAUUUUUAUUUUUGUGAAAGUAUGGUUAUUUUCUAAUAAUAACAACUGAUCAUCAGUUCAUUCGGUUUGGAAAUACAAACUGACUUAGGGGUAAAUAUCAUAGACCAGAGGGUUUGGAUUUUCAAAGUAAUAAAAAUUGAAUUUAUAC